GAUCUCCCUCCUUUCAUUCAUUCCCGCGUCUCCUUUUUCCCCCCCGUCUCUCUCCGACCCUCCCUAUUUCUCCCCUGCUCCAUCUUCCUUCGCCCUUCACGUCGAAGUCGCACGCGCUUCCGUCCACGAGCUCGCCGGAAGCCAUCGCCGGCGUCUCUCCCUCCCUCUCCGUUCUCCAUCUUUCUCCUUCGCCGAGAACGGAACGAGCUCCAAUCCGCGGCGGCGACGGCAUUGCCGCUUCGGCUCCGGGGGCCGGGGCCGGGGCCGGGGCCGGUGUUCUGAUCCUCGCUUUCUCCCGAAGAAGGAAUCAUCGGUCAAAAAAGGUUCGUCUCAUCAAAAGCAAGCAGUGGCCGGCCUUCCUUUUACAGAAAUAAUUUCGGUUCUCUGUAUUUUCUUUCCAAUAAUCGAGGCGUCGCAGCGUCGGUUGCGAGUAGUCCAGAAAGGGAAAAGGCGCCCCGAAAAUGGCCAAAAAGCAUUGAAUGAUGAUGCCCGCGAACACGCCAUCAGGAUAGGCUUCUUAUAAUUGUCAUUCCCUCCAGCUCUCGCUUUCUCAGUUACUCUCCCCCGUCGUGGUCCCUCCUUCCAUGUUUUGUCUCCGAGUAGAAGAAGACAACGGCGCAUUGCCUGCCCAUUCGCUGUCGCAUUUUUGAGAUGAGGACGGGAAUGGCGACGGCGACGGCGAUGGCGAUAGCUCUCGUGGUGGUCCUGCUCUGCAUCGCGCCGCGGCGCGUUCGCUCGGCCUCGGACAAUCGGCUUAUCGUGGGCAUGACGCUCGUCCGCAACGCCUCCGCCAUUGGAGCCCUUUGCUUGGACGGGAGCUUGCCCGCAUAUCAUCUCCACAGAGGAUUCGGCGCCGGAGCGAACAACUGGCUUUUACAGUUCGAGGGAGGUGGGUGGUGCAAUGAUAUUCCAUCAUGCUUGGAGAGAGCCAACACUCGUCGUGGAUCUACCCGUUACAUGACCAAAUAUGAGGUUUUUUCGGGAAUACUCAGCAACAAUGCCUCUCUUAAUCCAGAUUUUUACAAUUGGAACCGUGUGAAGCUUAGGUAUUGCGACGGAGCUUCCUUUGCUGGUGAUGCAAAGUUUGACAAUGGUACUUCAUUGCUGUAUUUCAGAGGGCAAAGAAUUUGGCGAGCAAUCAUCCAUGAUCUUCUACCCAAAGGGUUGGGACGUGCGCAAAAGGCUUUGCUCUCAGGUUGCUCUGCUGGUGGUUUAGCAUCCUUCUUGCACUGUGAUAAUUUUGCAGAGUACUUACCAAGGAAUGCUAGUGUGAAAUGCUUGAGUGAUGCAGGAUUCUUUCUUGAUGAAAGGGACAUAAGUUUGAACCACACUAUGAGGUCCUUUUACGAUGAUCUCGUUUCUCUACAGGGUGUCGAAAAGAAUCUUGAUAAGAACUGCACUAGCUCUCUUGUUUACCCAGCUAUGUGCUUCUUCCCACAAUAUACAUUGAAGUACAUCACCACUCCCUUUUUCAUCUUGAACUCAGCUUAUGAUGUCUACCAGUUCCAUCACAUAUUGGUCCCUCCCUCUGCUGAUGUACAUGGUCAUUGGAAUCGCUGCAAACUUGAUCCAGCUGCUUGCACUGACAGCCAGUUAGAGAUAUUGCAAGGUUUCAGGAACGACAUGCUUGCCACUUUAAGAAUGUUCUACCAAUACUCAGGGAGAGGAGGUCUAUUCAUUAAUUCUUGUUUUGCCCACUGCCAGAGUGAGUUGCAAGAGACGUGGCUUGCUGUUGACUCCCCAAAAGUAAAUAACAAGACUAUAUCUGAAGCGGUCGGUGACUGGUACUACAGCAGAAGGGUAAGCAAGGAGAUCGACUGUCCAUAUCCCUGUGACAAGACAUGCCAUAACCUAAUCCCAGUCUCCGGUAAUGAUCCUACAAAUACAAAGUACUUUGGUAGCGUCAUAUUUGGAAUUGGACUAGCAUCUACUUAUUUGUUUCCCUAAGAUAAACCGCAUGCUCCAGACACGCAGGACUCCCACAAGUUCAUCUCACAGAAGAGAUAUGACAUUCUUUCCGUACAUUGAUUGUUCUCUGAACGAUAGGCAAGAAGGGGGUGUACAGGAACUAGGCGUUGCAUUCAUCACCCAAAAGGGUCAACAGCAUAGCAUAGGGAAAGAGAUGAGAUAUCUUUUUCAAUACGCUUCCAGCCAUUCAUCCAAUUUAUCAAUACAUUCGAAUAAAGUAAGAACCUCUACAGACGCUAGCGCAACAUUACCUUUUCAGGUUCCGAAGCAAAGAGGCGAAAGUGCAGAAUACAGAAUUCUCUUAUGUGCCGGAAAGCAUCUUGAUACCUAUCAUCCAAUUUUCAUGAUCUUCCGAAUAUUUCCUUAGUGAAAUAUAUAGAAAAAGUGCUCGUUACAUUGGUUUAUAUGAUCAGCGAUGCAAGUCUAAGAAGAGAGCAAUCCCUGAUGAUAAACGAGAGCGGCAUUCAUUCUCCUUCAACUACGGAGAGUGUGCUCUAACCUGCUCGCACUCUCACACUUUCAGUCCCAAACUAAAUGCACUCUCUUACUCUAGUCGUGUGCUUAUGGAAGCAAGUCAGUUACACAGCAUUCACUUAUUAUCUUUCAAUACAAGCGCAUCGGCUUUUCCGCUGUUGUCACUGCUACUUGCUGGCUUGAAAA